AGACAACAUUACAUUCAUGAAAGACAUCAAAAUCAAAAUCGAUCUAUUAUUGUUGUUUCAGCUGUCUUUAUUAAUUUGGUCUACGAUGGAGCAAAUGGAAGCGAAGUAUAAGGGAGUGAGGAAGAGGAAAUGGGGGAAAUGGGUGUCGGAGAUUCGGCUGCCGAAUAGCCGGGAGAGGAUUUGGUUGGGCUCUUAUAAUGCACCGGAGAAGGCCGCCAGGGCUUUCGACGUCGCCCAGUACUGCCUGCGGGGUCCCACCGCUCGGUUCAACUUCCCCGACGACCCGCCGGACGUCCCCGGCGGCAAGUGGCUCUCGCCGGCGGAGAUACAGGACGUCGCGGCCCACUCCGGGAACAAUUACCGGCUCGAACCGCUGCCUGAGAACGGUGGCGGCGGUAACGGCGACGGCGGCGUUCGUGAUGAUGAUAAUACGCACGUGGUGGAAAUAAAUGACACGUCAACCUCGUCAAGUGGUGGGGUCCAGUUGGAGGGGAUUGAUUGGUCGUUUCUCGACAACUUGGAUGCCCCUUUCACGAGUAAUAAUUAUUUUGGCCUAUUUCACGGUGACGUCUACGUGCCACCAAACGACUAUGAGAUUGAGUAUGAAGAUGGGGAGAGUAUAUGCCAUUUCUCUCAGCAAUCUUUCCUUUGGAACUUUUGACAAAUCAUCUUCUCAAACACACUCUCAUCUAUACUCAAUUUCUCAUAGCUUAAGAAAAUUUUUACGCCAAUUACAGGUGGUAUAAGUCAACCUCGUCACAACAAGAUCAAACGCGAGAUGGUGAUAUUUAGUUUUUGUUCCUAAAUAUGGUGCUACUUGAUCAAUGACUAACCUUUCUGGUUCUUGUUAUUAUAUAUUUUAGGCUUUUUUUCCAGAAGAAAUUGUAAGAGAUGAUUACCCAUGUUUUAUCAAGAAUGCAUCAUAUAUCUAAUGCCUUUGUAUACAACACAUUAUACUGAUUUGAAAAUAAUUAUAAUCCCAAUUUGUUUAUGUAAUAUAUAUGUGAUUUUCGAUAUA